GAAGGAAACAGACGCAGUUUCAGUGACGCAGGAAAACCUCACGAACUUCGUCGACCAGCCGCCGUGGACUUCUUCCCGUCUUUUUGAAAGAACACAGCCCGGAGUGGUCAUGGGCCUGGCCUGGACGGCAAUGGGAGGCGCUGUGAUAUUUGUGGAGGCUGUUGGGAGGAGCGCAGAGCAGGGCAGCUCUAAACCCUCGAAAGGGGACUUCAAACCGACUGGGGGCAGUUUGAAAGUGACGGGGCAGCUGGGAGGAGUGAUGAAUGAGAGCUGCGAAAUCGCUAUGACCUUUUCGCGAGGGUUUAUAAAAAAGCAAAACCCUAAUAAUAAUUAUUUGUUUGAAAGCGCCAUUCAUCUGCAUGUCCCCGAAGGCGCAACGCCGAAAGACGGCCCCUCUGCUGGAGUCACUCUUGCUUCUGCUCUUCUUUCUUUGGCAUUAAAUCUAAACCCUAAACCCGACUUAGCGAUGACAGGAGAGCUCACGCUCACAGGCAAGGUCCUGAAGGUGGGUGGCAUCAAGGAAAAAGUUAUUGCGGCGAAACGCGAAAACCUAAAGACCCUAAUCUUCCCAAGGGGAAACAUGCGGGACUUCGAAGAGCUUCCUCCUAAUGUGAAGGAGGGCCUCGAUGUCCACUUCGUAGAUGACUAUGACCAAGUUUUCAAAAUAGCCUUUCCCCAGCAACUGGGGGCCCCCCAGGGGGCCCCCCAGGAGACCCCCGACGAGGCCUCCCAGGGGGCCCCCGAGGGGGUCCCCAAGGGGGCCCCUAACGAAACCCCUGAAGGGGCCCCCCAGGGGGGCCCCCAGGAGGCCACCCCUGGGACCCUGGGGGCCCCCUCUACAGGCUCAACUGUGGUGGGCCCCCAGGGGCCCCCGCCUCCACCAGAGUCAACGGGGGGCGCCCCUCAGGGGCCCCCUGCUGCAGAAUCUCCCCUGGGGGGCCCCCAUGGACCCUCCUCACCAGACUCAACAGAAGGGGCCCCAGAGGAGAGGGGCCCCCUGGAGGGCCCCCAGCCAGAAGCUGCGAGCCAGUGA